UUAUCGUUAUCUUCUGUCGCUGAGCUCUGGAGGACAUUGCGGAGGGUGCUUCUCUCGAACUCUCUUUGCUUCGCUGAACAGGAAUGGCAUCGAGAGAGAACUCGACGGGCACGGUUCCGAGUGUUGUGCCUAGCUUCGUCUUGCUCUCAUCGUGGAUUGCUCAGAAUCCGUUUCUGAGACCUUUAAAGCCGAAUCUCGCAUCUCCAAAUCGUAUGAUACGUGAGCUCCACUUGUCCUUCACUUCGACGGCUGAAAAAUGCUCGAGAUUUCUUCACUUGUUUGCCUCUGAAAAUCCCAUUCUCAGAAGAAUAUUAUCUUUCUCUUCCGAUUAUAGCCACCAUCUUACCCAGAUUCAAUGCAGGGACAGUAGGAGUCGAAACUCUCUUUCCAAUCACAAAUUUGCUGCAGUAUUACCGGGCGAUUCAGUGGCAGGGAUUGUGGUAGCUAAUGGCAUUCUCAAUUUUCUGAAUAUAUACAACACGCUGUUGAUUGUAAGGCUGGUUUUGACCUGGUUUCCCAACUCUCCUCCUGCCAUUGUCAGUCCCCUCAGCACUUUGUGUGAUCCGUACUUGAACAUAUUCCGCGGAAUCAUUCCACCACUGGGAGGGACAUUGGAUCUUUCUCCAAUUCUAGCAUUCCUGGUUCUAAAUGCCUUUACUAGUACUGCUGCUGCACUUCCUGCUGAACUUCCAGGAGCAGAAGCUUCUCAAGGAAGGUGUCCUCCACAUAGAACAUUCACUAAUCUCACUACAUCACAGAAGAAAUGGUUGAGAAGGUGUUAUGGAAACAAGACACAGAGCUCGAAUGGUGCCAAUUAGGCCAUUAUCAUGAUAGUCUUCUAGGUAUACACCUUACAGUUUUUUUUUGGUUAUUUGAAUAAUGGGUACUCUUUUUCCGAUUAAUAAUCGACUUCAGCAUGCUGAAUUAUAGGAAUUCUUUUAUCUUGCUAUU